CUUGCACUACCACACACAACCACAACUUGCAAUUGUUGCUAGCUAGGCAGCCAUGGCGAAGAAAGUGCAAGUGAUCGCUACGCUCCUGGCCCUGAACAUUCUCUUCUUCACCUUCGCCAAUGCCACCGGACGUCCCUGCCCUCCAAGCGGGGGCAGCGGCGGGGGUGGGAGUGGUGGCGGUGGCGGUGGCGGAGGAGGGGGAGGGGGAGGCGGUAACUGCGGCGGCAACUGUGGUGGCGGCGGGAACGGAGGUGGCGGCGGAAACGGGGGUGGCGGAGGAGGGGGCGGGGGAGGCGGCAACUGUGGCGGCAACUGUGGUGGCGGCGGCAAUGGUGGUGGAGGCGGGAACGGUGGCGGCGGAAACGGUGGUGGCGGAAACGGAGGUGGCGGAAACGGAGGUGGCGGCAAUGGCGGCGGCGGGAAUAACAACGGUACCCAGUGCCCGGUGGACGCGCUGAAGCUGGGCGUAUGCGCGAAUGUGCUCGGGCUGCUGAACGUGACUCUGGGGAGCCCGCCCGUGCAGCCGUGCUGCUCGCUGAUCCAGGGGCUGGUGGACCUGGAGGCGGCGGUGUGCCUGUGCACGGCGCUCAGGCUCAACCUUCUAGGCAUCAACCUGAACCUCCCUAUCAAUCUCAGCCUCGUCCUCAACAACUGCGGCAGGAACGCCCCCUCCGGCUUCCAGUGCCCCAACUGAACCCGGCCGGUGCAUCCGCCGCACGUGCAUGGAUACGCGCCAGCAUGCGUACAUGAUUGGCUAUUUUAAGUACCACUGCCUACUUAAUUGUGUGUUUUGCAGAAUCAUCAUUUGCUUUUUUUUAUGUGUGAUUUGAAUUGAUUUCGGAGAACAUGUACUGGUACUAGUGAACUCCUAGAGCUCCACGUACAUGCAUGCACGCAUCCUUACAUGCGUUGCUUAUGGAUUUCGGUGUGUGUGCUUGAUGUGUUACUCCUCAGUCCUCACAUGUUUGUGAGUCCGAUUAUGCAAAGUUCUCAUGAUGUACCGCUCUAUUUGAUUAAAUAAAAGAAUUUGCUAUUUUCGAUC